GUGGGGAGGGGGAGCAACCUCGAGGUCCACCUGCAUGAGAAGGCGUGAAAAGCGGGGCCGGCGGAGUGGACACCUGGGCGGAAGGAGGCUCGGAAGCGACUUUCUUCAGAUCAUCACACGGACGGGUCUUUCUUCCGCAUUCCUAGGGGGGGAGCGAACCGGCGACACGCCGCGGAAUUGACAUUUGGACUUCUUCUUCUUCUCUUCUUACUGGUAACAACACUCCUUUAAGGCACAUGUCGCCGUAGCAGGAAGAAGCCGGCAGGCUCCAUGCGGCGAGUCUGAAGCGAGAUAGCAACUGAAGGGAUCAUUAAGGCAAAAUCCUGGAAGCGUCAUUUAUGUACCGUUAUUUAAAGCGAAGAAGAAGGAAAAAGGAUAAGAUUUCCUGAAAAACUCCCAAGUCGCUCAACUCAGUUCCACAAGCAGUCUUGGAUCGCGUUGAAUUCCAAGUAUGUUUUGCUGAAACUGACAUCGCCCUUAAAAUAGCAAUAUAUACAUUUACGUAUAUUUAAGAAGUCCAUGCUCCCAUCCGGAGAUGUAAAAGCCUUGGAUAACAUGCAACUCAAUAGCCGUCUAUUAAUAGUCUUCUGAUAAUUAACUUGACCUAAACUAUACCGAAGAAAGUGGAUGUCAGAAGACAAGUAGGUGUCAAACUUCUGCAAUAAUUUACGACAAAUCCGCAAACUGUGAAGAGACUUUUUCUUUUUGACGGGAUGCACUCCGAUGGGUUACUUUUCAACACUCGCCCCUGCCCCGUUUGACUUUUGGUGAGGACGGUGGUGUGGGAUGGUGUGACUCUUUUUGUUUUUCUAUGGACACAUUGGAUUCCCAUGGCUUUCCUCAGCGGGCCACGCUUGCUGGACUGGGCCAGUUCGCCUCCGCAUCUGCAGUUCAACAAGUACGUGCUCACGGGAUACCGACCCAUCUCCUCUGCCAACGAGUGCCUCAAGAGCCUCUUCUACCUGCACAAUGAGCUGGGCAACAUCUACACGCACGGGAUCCCGCUGCUCUGCUUCCUCUUCCUGCUGCCCCUCAACAUCCCCUGGGCGCAGAUCACCGUCACCUGGCUGGGCGUCGUGCACUUCUUGGCAUGCUUGUCCCCCCAGCUGGGCAGUGUGCUCUACCACCUGUUUAUGAACCAUGAAGGAGGAGCGCCCGUCUACCACACGCUGCUCACCCUGGACAUGUGUGGCAUCUGCAUGAUCAACACGCUGGGUGCCCUACCCAUUGUCUACACCACUCUGCUCUGCUACCCAUCCACCCGCAGUGUGGCGCUGCUUGCCUACAUCAUCCUAUCAGCCUACUCCAUCUACUGUGCUGUGACGGCACGGAGCAGCGUGCGCCGGUUGCAGUCCUUCGCCUGGCAGGCACUCUUCCGCUUUUUCUUCUUCUACCUACGUUGGGUUGGCCUUGGCACAGGCAGCCCCACCUCACUGCAGCAGUACUUUAUAAUGGACUUCCUAGCUCUGCUCGGUGGGCUCAUCAACAUCACACGUGUGCCCGAGCGCUGGCGGCCCGGCAAGUUUGACUAUUGGUGUAACAGCCACCAGAUUAUGCAUGUACUGGUGGUGGGCUCCAUUAUGUACCUGCACUGGGGUGUGUUGGAUGACCUGCUCUGGAUCAGUAGCCACCGAUGUCCAGUUUAAUGACCUUUGACCUCAGCAGAACUCUCAAAUCAAUAUGUCCUUUGGUUCCAAACAAGUGCAUAUCAGGCACUCAAAUGAUGAAUCGUGAGUCCUGUGGGAGCUCACUGUCCACUUUGCAAAGCACUGGACUCUCCUUUGCAAGGCCCAGCUCACCCAACACUUGUAAUGAAUUCGCUUUCAACUAAGCUGGUAAGAAGAAGAAUGGACCAGCCUUCGAAGAGUAUUAAACCAAAAUGACGCCAGGUAACAAAUCAAACCCAAUCAGCACAGCAAGUCCAGGAUGAACCCACCUCAGACCAGAAGAAUGCAGUUUAUGGUAGAAGUAGACCUCAAACCAGAACUAACUCAUUCAGACCGAGCAAGCGUUGGAGGGGUCUGUCAGCUAUGUAGAACA